AACAGCCCACACAUUAAAAACAACCUCAUUUAUUUUGUAUUGUACAAAUCAAAAUCCAUAAUCCAAAAUCAAAAUCAAAAUCAAAAUCAACCCAAUGGCUCUGAAACCUGUCUCUCUGCAAUGCAAAUCCGUGUUCUUACUAUUUUUCCUCAUCGCGAUCCAAACGUCGUCGUCUACGCCUCUGUUUUCCUCUUCUUCUUCCUCAGAUUUCAAUCCUCCCUACCCCAAAGCCAUCUCUGAUCUGAAGGAAGCGAUAGUGAAAGGUUUAGGGUUUCAAGCGGAUGAUUUCAAGGUAUCAGGGUUUGAUCUGAGGGAUGCCCAAGUGGGGCAUUCAGUGGCGUAUGAAUUCGAUGUGGAAAUCGACAAUAAGGUCCUUCCCUUCAAGCUUUUGGAGGAUGUUAACCGCUGGGAAUAUGUGGAUUUGCCUAUUUUCCGAGUGGACAAUGGGUUGGUUGAGAAGGGCAAAUCGGAUCCCAGCUUGCCGGUUCUAGCUCCGUUUCAGUUGGCUGGACCCAUGGAGCUUUGGAUUCAGGAUGCCAAAGAUAUGCGCAUCUCUCUUCCACAUGAUGUGGAUGCUGGUGUCUUGAAGAAAGUGAUGUUAGCAGAUGGUGCCGUUGUUACUGUCAAGGGUGCUAGAUCAGUUAGCCUACGCCACCCACUUGAAUUCCCACUCCCCUUAAACCGAUCCCAAAAUGGAUUUGCAUCUGGUCUAUUAACCCUGGCUGAACAGCUCCGCCAUGCUUCCCGUACUCAAGGUGCUUCACUCCUCUCACUUCGCAUUGUUGGUCCUACCUCCCUCACAGCCCCCACCUCAUCUUCACCCUCUUCCACCAACAGGCUGAAGCUUAAGCGCCUUGCACCAGGGCUUGUGGAGUUAUCCUCAACAUCAAAGGCCCUCUCCACUAUUGAUCUUCAAGAAGAUGCCACCACACUCUUGACGCCAAGUCAGUUCACCACAAUGUGGCCUCUUCCUUCAGUCAAUGGCUCAAACUCAAACUUGCUUGGUUUUGAGACACUGCUCUCUUCGGUGCUGGGUCCUAAGGCUAACAAGAAAGGUUCCUUCAAGUUGUUGAAGGCAGACGUGUCAGCUCAGACAUUUCUAAAGAUAGGUUUUGGGGUUGAGAAGAAGUUGAAAGAAGGAGAUGGGAUUGAUUUUGAGGGUUUUCCUGCGUGGAGGACAAAGCCAGAGAAUGUGAGAAUGCAUUUUGAAGUUUUGGCAAAGGUUGACGGUGAGAAGAUUGUGCCAGAGAGAGUCAUGCAAGUUAACCCUGUUAUUGUGGAGGAUACAGUGGCACCAAAUGUGGCUGCGGGGAAUGUGACAAUGUCUAAGGCCCCUAUUAUUCACCCUCCCUCCAACCCCCUCACCUUGUAAAUUGUUGAAGGGAUUUAAUUUUGAUUAAAGUUACCAGAGCAAAGUGUACCUAUCAAAAAAAAAAAAAAAAAAAAAA